AUGACGUAACUGUGGAUGACACUUUAGCUCACGCUCAGCUAUGGGCGAGGAAGGAGGCGGAACAGCCCCCCCCCACCUCCUCUCUGCACAGUCCUGGAGCCUACUGCGGAAAGAUGAGACGACGGACACCGCUCGUCGUGGCGGAGGCGCAUAGGCCGUAGAGCGGCCCAGGACCCUGCGUGUGGCUACGGCUUCCAGAGGCGUGUGCUAGUGAUGCGGAGCCAGUGGAGCAGGCAAAGUCGUGAGUGGAUGCUGUGAAAAUGACAACAAGAGCCUUCUCGUGAAAACAACAGCGCACCCGAAGAAAAGGACCUGGCCGCUUGGAUUGAGAAAGCGGCGAUUUGAGCGUCAAAGGUGCUCACUGCAGUGGUGACCUGUCUUCCGUGUGAACAGCUAUACCCAUCAUCCAUGAGGCCUAAAAUGAGUCCUAUACUCCAGCAGAACAAUAACAACAACUACCCAUGCCUGAGUGCUGCAGGGCCCGGGCCUCUGCCACACAAGUGCUCCCUCCCUCUGCCCUUCUCCAGUCGCCCAGAGCUGAGCCUGACAGGUCUGCCUCUCAUCAGGGGGCUGCGAGCAUGGGCCCUGUGCUCCAGGAGCCGUCACCAACCAGGGGGGCCCCUGGGACAGGCCCCUCUCAGCCACCCCCGGCCCGCAGAUGUGCACCUGAGUGCAGAGUGGGGGUUCCCCUUGGGGCUUGAUGCCAGGCAGGUUGGUAUUGGAGCUCUGGUGGCCACCUUGCAGACCAGCGAGGGCAGCAGCAGGACACAGACACAGUGCCUAUUCCUCCGCACAGACAGGGGCAGCUGUCUAUACCCCACAGCCAAGACCACCCUCCACACAACCCCCCAGCACCCUGGGGGCAUGCUCCGAGGCUGGCUACGGAGCAAGACAGGAGGGACUCCAACUCUGUCCCCACACACUGGACCCAACAGAGCAAGGGAGCGCUCAGGUCGAAGGUGGAGGAAGCCUGCCACCCAUACAGCAAGUCGAGAGAGGGUGCACUUUAGGCAGCAUCAACAGGAAGAGUCCAGAGAGAGGGCAGCCAGAGAGGAACCCAGAGAGGAAAUCAGAGAAGAACCCAGAGAAGGGACCAGACAUCAGAACAAGGAUCAGUCCAGAGAGGAACCUAAAGAGGAGCACAGAAAGGAGCCACAAGAAGAGACCUUAGAUCAGCUAGAAGUUCAGCUCAGAGAGGAGACCAGGCAGAAGACAAAAGAGGAGCACAGAGAGGAGAGCAAAAAUCCACCCAGAGACCAGCCCAGAAAGGAACUGAAAGAGGAACAGCGAGAAGAACAAGGAGAAAAGACCACAGAGGAGUGUAGAAACCAGCCCAAAGUGGAGACCAGAGAGGAGACCAGAUAUCAGCCCACAGAUGUGUCCACCAAAGAGGUGUUCCAAAUGGACUCACAGCACCAGGAGCCUUUGUGUCACAAAAUCACACCUGAAAUGGGAUUUAGAAUGAAAGUGCUAAUGGACGAUCUUCAGAGCUGUUCAUGUACAAGCAGAGAACAUGUCUCAGCUGAUGCACCACACAUUUUAUAUGGAGCAGCGACAUGGGACACAGACCUCAUGUGUUGCCUCUGUGGCUCUUCCCUCCCUGGCUGUGUCCUCUCCUCUCCUCCAGCAGAGGGCGGCAACUGCACAGCAAAUAUCGAAGAUGCUGAUCCUCUUAUGACCAGCCAAAGCGUCGCGCAGAAGAGUCCAGGGGAGCGCCAGAUCAGCCACAGAGAGGACAGUACAAACUACAGCCCAGAGACCCAGAGGGUGCACCCCGGCCUGGAGUCACAAAGGGCGCACCCCAGCCUAAAUUCAGAGAGGGAGCAUGCUAGCCUAGACUCACACAGGGGGAACUUCAACCUGGAGUCAGAGAGGGAGCCCCCUAGUAUGAAGAAAUAUCCUGGCCAGGACUCAGAGAGGGAGCACCCCGGCCUGGACUCACAGAAGGAGCUCCCUGGCCUGGACUCAGAGAGGGAGCCCCCUGGCCGGAACUCAGGGAGGGAGCACCUCAGCCUGGACUCAGAGAGGAAGCACCCCAGCCUGGAUUCAGAGAGAGAGCACUCCAACCUGGACUCAGAUAGAGAGCACUCAAGCCUGGACUCACAGAGGGAGCACCAAAACCUACUCUCAGAGUCACAGAGGGAGCACCCUGGCCUGGACUCAGAGAGGGAGCACCCCAGCCUGGACUCAGAGAGGGAGCACCCCAGCCUGAACUCACAGAGGGUGUAUCCCAGUCUGGACUCUCAGACAGAGGACUCCAGCCUGAACUCACAGAGGGAGCACCAAAGUCUACACCCAGAGUCACAGAGGGAGCACCCUGGCCUGGACUCAGAGAGGGAGCAUUCCAGCCUGAACUCACAGAGGGUGCACCCCAGUCUGGACUCACAGACAGAGAGCUCCAGCCUAGACUCAGAGUUACACACGGAGCACCCCGACCUUGACUUACAGUGGGAGCCCUCUGGCCUGGACUCACAGAGGCAGCACCCCAGCCUGGACUCACAGAGAGAGCAUCCACUGGAGGACCAAGAGUUUGGAGGAUUCAUGCAGGCCCCGUCAGUCUUAAGCCAUGAAUGUACCAGUCCCCCGUGGAGCGACAGUGGCCUGGGUGGGAUGGACAACAGCUGGGACCAGGUGGACACAGGCUCUUGGGCAAUGUUUCCACAGAACAGCAGAGAGCACAGAGAAGACAAGGAAGGGCAGUGGUGGCCCCUCAGCUCUGGGGAGGAUAGGGGUCCAACACCAAGGGCCAGUUACAACCCAGUGUGUGUCUUUACGGCUGCCUUUCCCUCACCUCCAGUCUGGUCCACCGCUGAUCCCCGGAACUGCAGAGUGCCCACUCUCACACAGCUGCUCAGGGGUCGCGUGGGACCCGAAGAAGGCUCUCCAGAGCAGGGGCUGUUGGAUGCAUUUCAUGAUCUCAACAAAAUGAUUGUCCAGGGAUACAAGCAGGCCAGUGGAGUGUCCCAGCAGCUGCUACAGAAGAGCCUGAGCCUGCUCCCCCCAAACACGGGAGUUGGAGUUGUUCCGGGUAAUCGGCGCAUCUCCCCUGGUCAUGUCUCCUCCAAGCCACGCCUCCUUUAAGCUACACCUCCUCCAAGCCACGCCUCCUCCUCACCUAGCCCUGCUCUUUUAUGGAACCACAACCACCCAGCAGGGGGCAGGGCUGAAGCUUGGACCAGCCUGAACACAAAGACACCGAGAGAGUGGUGUUCAACAAUUGUUGCAAUUGCUUUUGUCAGGAGGACAUUGCACAAAUAAUGUUAUGUAAAUUCACUUAUAUGUUCCUCACAGCUGGUACAGUAUGUUCAUUUGACCAACGAUCUCAUUUGAAUGGAGAAAUCACUUCUACUGAUCACGUUGCUCACGUGUCAAUGGGAAAGACACCACAUCUCCUCAGUUUACAUUCAUUGCUGUUUGAGAGA